AUGGCCUUCUCCUCCUACAUCGUCUUCUACAUCGUCUUCUACAUCGUCUUCUACAUCAUCUCCUACAUCAUCACCUACAUCAUCUCCUACACCGUCUUCUACAUCGUCUUCUACAUCAUCUCCUACAUCAUCACCUACAUCAUCUCCUACACCGUCUUCUACAUCGUCUUCUACAUCAUCUCCUACAUCAUCUCCUACAUCAUCACCUACAUCAUCUCCUACACCGUCUUCUACAUCGUCUUCUACAUCAUCUCCUACAUCAUCUCCUACAUCAUCUCCUACACCGUCUUCUACAUCGUCUUCUACAUCAUCUCCUACAUCAUCACCUACAUCAUCUCCUACACCGUCUUCUACAUCGUCUUCUACAUCAUCUCCUACAUCAUCUCCUACAUCAUCUCCUACAUCAUCACCUACAUCAUCUCCUACACCGUCUUCUACAUCGUCUUCUACAUCAUCUCCUACAUCAUCUCCUACAUCAUCUCCUACACCGUCUUCUACAUCGUCUUCUACAUCGUCUUCUACAUCGUCUCCUACAUCGUCUCCUACAUCGUCUCCUACAUCUUCUCCUACAUCAUGAGGACGUGGCUCCUGCUGUUGGGCCUUGCCCUUGUGGCACUCGCCGUCUAUGCUAAUGAGGAGAAGAAGGAAACUGAUUCGGCUGUAGCCACCUCAGAGACUGAGUUGAUCCGUGAGAAGAGAGCCGCGAAGAAAAAUCUUGUCGGAUCUUUCGUUCACAAACUUCGCUCUCCACUCCGUAAGCGUCACCACAAGCGCCGUCAUGCCAUCAAACGCCGUCAUCACAAGAAGAGAAGAGGACACCGCAAGGGACACAAGAAGUCUCUUCACAAGAGAAGAGCCCACAAGAAGCGCUCAUCACUCCGCAAGCGCAGAGCUCACCACAAGCGCUCCUCAAUCCGCAAGCGCAGAGCUCACCACAAGAAGGCCGCUCUCCGUAAACGUCGUGCUCACAAGAAGCUCCGCUCGCUUCGCAAACGCCGUGCCCACAAGCGUGCCUCCAUCCGUCGCCGCCGUAACCACCGCAAACUCCGCAAACACCGUGUCCACCGCCGUCAACGUAACGUCCGCAAGCACCGUGCUCACCGCAAGGCUCACCAACUCCGCAAACGCCGUGCUCACAAACGAGCUCUCCUCAAGCGCCGCCGUGCUAACCGCAAGGCCCACAAACGAUCGCUCAUCAAGCGUCGUCGCGUCCACCGCCGCCGUGUCGCUAAGAAGCACGCCAACCGCAAACACCGUCGUGCUUUGAAGAAGAGACGCCACACCCGAUCGGUCUCUUUCUCUCAACGCAAGCGUGCUCACAAGCGUGCCCGCAUCGCCAAACUCCGCUCAAUCCGCAAGCAACGCAAGAUCCGCAAGCACCGUCGUGCUCUCCGUGCUAAGCUCCAGCGUCAACGCAAAGCUCACCGCCGAAACCUCCACCGUCGCAUCCGAGCUCAUCGCCGUGCUCACCGCCGAGGUGGCCGCAAGCACCACGGCGCCGCUCGCAAACAUCGCAAACACCGCAAACACCACAAACGCGGU